GUUCUCUCGAGGAGAGAAAAAAAGAAAACGCACAAAUUCACACCCGGAAGAAAUAAAUUUCGCAAUUUUCACGGAUAUUAGGCAGAAAUAUGGCAACAAGUGGUGGCAAUUCAGGUGUUGUGAAGGUGAAACAGGAGCCCGGAGUUAUUACUAUCAAAACAGAGCCGGGAUUGCGGACGCAAAUGAAGACUGAGAGGCUGACUUCCUUUAAAUUGCCACGUGAUCUUACCCUCGGUGGUCCAGGACCAGGAAGGACAUCACGAGGUGGGGCUACAAAGAAGGUAUACACACCGAAUUUGAAUGCAGUGCGGCAGAAGAAUGCGGAUGUCAAAACGUCGCGGGAUACGCAGCAGAAGAAAACUGUGCGUCCGGAACGUACGCGGAAUGAUCGUGGAGGGAGAGCCAGUAGCAAUAACUAUAUCCAGACAAUGGGAGUGUUCUCAGAGGGCACUGCAAAGACAACAGUUAAACGUUACUCAGAAAGCAGCCGAUACUCUUCUGUCGAGAGUCGCCCCAUCCGACGAUCAGCGGCAUCCAAGAGAGACUCCAGUCAGUCUUCGGACCCUGCUACAGCUCUCAGGGAUAUCCUGGACAGCAGCGAUGAUGACGACACUGCGAUGGAUGAAGAUGCCACGAUGCCUGUGAUGCUCCAUGCAGCUCAAUCCGAUAAAAAUGUGUUUAGUAUUGCCAAAGACGUUAAAGUAAAGGUAGAAGAUCCAGAUGAGGUCUCUCCUAAUGCUCCUGCCGUUUCAACAAUCCCAUUUAGUACGAAAAUAAAAGCCGAUCCAGAUGGGGUAAAUCCUCCACAGACGCUAGAGGAGAUAUUUGGUGCGAAAUCAUCUCAAGUGUUCCUUUUGCAACUUCCGGACACGCUACCUGGAUCAUCGGGGGCGCGAGAUCCUGGUACAGAAGACACGCGGAUAGAUGAUAAGGAAAGUGAAACUCCCGCGGAAUCCCUCAAUUCUCUCAGGCAGCAAGAUGAGGGACUAGUGGGGAAGAUUGUUCGCCAUAAAUCUGGAAAAACGAAGCUUGUUCUGGGUAACAGCCAGUUUGAUCUGGAUGUUGGCAUUGAUACGGAUUUCCUCCAGCAGCUAGUUUCGAUUGAUGCCAAUCCCGAGAGAUCUGGGAACAUGUACAAUCUUGGGAAGGUUCAAACAAAACUCACCGCAACACCGGAUUGGGAGCAUAUGUUCCGGAAUAUGCUAUAAAGAGAUUUUUCUACACGUUAA